AUGGAGCUCUCAAAGAAACGCCGUUUUGCACUCGCGGAAUCUUUUCCAUGGAUUGAGAGCCCUCUCAUCUCGAGCGCUCCUAUGAGUGGUUUUGCAACAAAUGACCUGGCCAUCGCAGUCACCCAGGCAGGAGGCCUCGGGCAGAUAGGAUUCACGGGUAGCCCGAUGAGGAUGCAGUCGGAACUAGAAAAGGCGAAGCAGAAGCUACAAGCAACGCCCGUGUGUGAUGAGGCUUGCAAGGUGCUCCCAGUCGGCGUCGGUAUUAUCGCUCUCGGUGGAAGCACCACUCCCUGGAUCCAGACGCUUGCCGAGUACAAGCCAGCCAUGGUGUGGCUCUCGUUUGGAACGUGCGACGAGUUCAAAUCAUGGACUGACGACAUUCGCUCCGUGUCUCCUGACACCAAGACCUGGAUUCAAGUGGGGAGCGUCAGCGCAGCUCUGGGAGCAGCCGCAACGUGUGCACCGGACGCGCUCGUGCUGCAGGGCAGUGAUGCUGGCGGCCACGGUCACAAGCACGGGGCAAGCAUUGUCACUCUGAUUCCCGAGGCCAUGGAUGCACUGCACAGGCAAGGCUUCUCCGACAUUCCCGUAGUUGCCGCAGGGGGCAUCAUGGACGGGCGCGGUGCGGCUGCGGCCAUCGCACUUGGGGCAUCAGGCGUCGUCAUGGGCACGCGCUUCUUGGCAUGCUCAGAAAUUGAGAUUGAGAGCGAGGUCGCGGAUGAGUGCCUCACGGCUUCCGACGGAGGCGAGGCUACCGUGCGCUCUCGUGUCUUCGAUGAUAUCUGGGGACAGAACGUCUGGCCCGAGAUGUACGACGGUCGAUGUCUUAGGAAUGCCAUCUACGAUGAUGUGGAGGAGGAGGGAAUGAGCCUCCAGGAGGCCAGGGAGCAUCUCAUCCGUCGAAGCAGAAACGAGACCAGCUCGGGCAUGAGGAAUAUAUGUGCAAUCUGGGCAGGGACUGGGGUCGGGAUGCUGAAGGAGCGGGAGAAAGCUGCGGAUAUUGACCUCAGAUACCAGUCAGUGGCCGAGUUCUUCCACAUGCUCGUUCAAGCCAACACCGCAAAUUUUAGCCAUGUGGAGACAACAUAA